AAUUAAUGGCUUCUUUUACUAGAGCAUUAAGCUCAUUCUUUGCCUUGCUCCUCCUCCUCCUCCUAGUUAUUGUAACAGAAGCUAGGAAUCUUAAUAAAUUAGGAUUUGUUAGAACAAAAGGAGCCCAUUUUGUACUAAAUGGAUCCCCAUUUCUCUUCAAUGGUUUCAACUCGUAUUGGCUGAUGCAUGUUGCAGCUGACCCAACUGAGAGAUACAAAGUCUCAGAGGUUUUCCAGGAAGCCUCUGCUGCUAGCCUUUCUGUAUGCAGGACUUGGGCUUUUAGCGAUGGAGGUGAUACAGCAUUGCAAAUAUCUCCUGGAGUCUACGAUGAACGUGUUUUUCUGGGAUUGGAUUUUGUGAUCUCUGAAGCAAGAAAGUAUGGGAUUCGUUUAAUAUUGAGCUUUGUGAAUAACUACAAAGAUUUUGGAGGGAGAAGUCAAUAUGCUCAGUGGGGGAAAAAUGCAGGAAUUCAGAUUAACAGUGAUGAUGAUUUUUAUACUCAUUCAGUUCUUAAAGAUUAUUACAAGAACCAUGUUAAGAAAGUAGUGACAAGAGUCAAUACCAUGACUGGAAUAGCAUACAGGGAUGACACUACAAUAAUGGCAUGGGAACUUAUGAAUGAGCCUCGUUGCGAUGCUGAUUAUUCUGGAAAAACUGUUCAUGGAUGGGUUCAAGAGAUGGCUAGUUUUGUGAAAUCACUGGAUAGAAAACACUUGCUGGAGAUAGGAAUGGAAGGAUUUUAUGGCGACUCAAUGCCUGAAAAGAAACAAUUUAAUCCUGGUUACCAAGUUGGAACAGAUUUCAUUAGCAGCAACCUUAUUAGGGAGAUUGAUUUUGCCACUAUACAUGCAUACACUGACCAAUGGUUGUCAGGACAAAGUGAUGAUGCUCAAGGAGUAUUCAUGCAAAGGUGGAUGACAAGUCAUUGGCAAGAUUCAAGAACCAUAUUAAAGAAGCCAUUGGUGCUUGCUGAAUUUGGAAAAUCUAGCAAAGAUCCAGGAUACAAUCAAAAUGUAAGAGACACUUUCAUGAGCUCAGUUUACAGAAAUGUAUACAAUUUCGCGAAAGCGGGAGGAACUAUGGCAGGGAGCUUAAUAUGGCAACUGGUGGCACAAGACAUGAGCAACUUUGACGAUGGUUACUCAAUUAUCUUAGCACAAAAUCCUUCAACUGCAGGACUCAUUUCAGGCCAAUCUCAUGCCAUGACAGCUUUGGCUCAUUUGGUUAAUAGCCCCCAUGUUUAUCCUUUUAGCCAGUCAAAUGGCCAUCAUCCCUUAGGUGUUGGACAUCACCCAUUGGGAGUGGGACAUCAUCGUUUUGGCGGAUGAGGUCAUCCAAAUAAAGCAGUUCCAUCGGAUUAUUUGCAUAAAUGGCCCUUUUGGCCACUAUUUAAAUGAUGUCCUACACUAGUUCAGUGGGCUAUAUUUGUGCAAAUUUAGCUUAUUUAGCUAGCGGGGAGAGAAUUUAAAAGAAAAACCAUACAGUGCAAAUAAUAUGUUGCAUGGAAUGCUAUGUGGCUUAAUUAGAUGAUUUUGGAGGGUCUUAGGUUCGAUUUAUUUUUAAGGUAUCUAGUUUCACUGCUUUAAUUAGGUGUCAACUGUUUUUGUUGCUCUGGUUAAUAUUCCUGAGUACUUCUAUGGUUAAUCGGUAAUAUUGCAACCUAAAUGUUUAAUUUUGGAACCGCAUUAGCAGAAGUUAAUGUAAUUAAGGUUGAUUAACCUCUUGAAUGUAUUUUUCUUGCAUUUCUAUACGCUUGUU